CGGCUCCCAAGCAAGCAAGCAAGCAAGCAAGCAAGCAGUGCAGACAAGCCUGGCAGUGAGCAAAAACAACAACAGGCGACACUUUUUCUUUUUAAAAUAGCAUUGAAAAGCGUCUACAUGGAUGGCGACCCUUGCCAUCGCUCUUCCGCGCGUGCAAUGAUCUAAAGUCCGGAAGCCAAACAUGCACCCCAGCGUGAUGACCAACGGCGGCGGCGACGGUGCCAUGAACAGCGGACUCCCAGCCUCAGCCGCUCCGCUCGGGGGUGCCGGGAUACCCAAUGUCAAGGUGAAGUUUUGCCGUUACUACGCGAAAGACAAAACGUGCUUCUAUGGAGACGAGUGCCAGUUCCUGCACGAGGACCCGUCCAUGGCUAGCCUGAGCCCCGUCCCGUUGUCUUUACCCGGGGGUGGCGGCGGCGGGACUCCGACGGGGUAUUCCCUCGGAGGUUCCGCGGCCUCCGGCGCUGGAGGAGGAACCGGCUUGCCCAAGAAGAGCGAAGCCAUGGGGCCUGCGGGGACUACUCUGGACGGGUCGUUGCUAGCCAUUCCAGGGAUGGAGGGAGCGAGUCUGAGCGACGCCAACCUCACCAAUUCCUACUUCAGCAGCAGCUUCAUUGGCGUCAAUGGAUUUGGAAGUCCCGCAGAGUCCAAAUACUCCAUGAUGCAGCGCAUUACUACCAGCAGCAGCUCUCCCAGUCUGCUCAACGACGGUGCCAAGAAUUUCAGCCACAGCACUCACGACCCUGUCAACUCCCCAACAUCAUCGCUGUUCAGCGAUUUUGGUGCUCUUGGCAUUUCUCAACGGAGAAAGGCGCCCAAUCCGACAGCAAGCGAGUUCAUCCCUAAGGGAGCUCCACGAAUGGCCACCAUGGCGCCGUCUUCUGUGCAGGCCUUCCCCUCGCCUAUCUUUGCCCACCCGGGUCUUAACAGCUCCACGGCUGCCGCUUUAGCUCCAGGCAUGUCUUUAUCGGCGGGUUCAUCUCCCCUUCACUCGCCGAAAAUCACGCCGCAUACCUCGCCUGCCCCGCGCCGCCGCAGCCACACCCCCAACCCGGUCAACUACAUGGUGCCCACCACGGCGGCCGACCCGGGCGCUCACAUUAUCCAGAAAGAGACCGUCGGGGGGACCACGUACUUCUACACGGACAAUACCCCUGCUCCCAUGGCCGGGAUGGUGUUUCCUACCUACCACAUCUACCCCCCCACCGCGCCCCACGUGGCCUACAUGCAGCCCAAAGCCAACGCCCCGUCCUUCUUCAUGGCAGAUGAACUCCGACAGGAAUUAAUAAACAGGCACCUGAUAACCAUGGCGCAGAUCGACCACUCGGAAAACACAGACGUACCGUCUGAGGUGGACAGCUACCACAGCCUGUUCCCCCUGGAGGCCCUCCCGCCGCCCAACUGCAUGCAGAAGACCAGCAACUUCAGCUACAUCACGUCCUGCUACAAGGCGGUCAACAGCAAGGACGACCUGCCCUACUGCCUGCGGAGGAUACACGGCUUCCGCCUCGUCAACACCAAGUGCAUGAUGCUGGUGGACAUGUGGAAGAAGAUUCAGCACUCCAACUCGGUCACCCUGAGGGAGGUCUUCACGACAAAGGCCUUUGGAGACCACUCAUUGGUUUUCUCUUAUGACUUCCACGCGGGCGCAGAAACCAUGUUCAGCCGACACUUCAACGACCCAGCGGCCGACUCGUAUUUUACCAAGAGGAAGUGGGGACAACACGAGCCUCCGCCUCCGCGGCAGCAUGCCGGCCUGCUGCCCGAGUCGCUCAUCUGGGCCUACAUUGUCCAGCUCAGUUCGGCCCUGCGCACCAUCCACACUGCGGGCCUGGCGUGCCGCGUUAUGGACCCCAGCAAGAUCGUCAUCACGGGCAAGACUAGGUUACGAGUGAAUUGUGUGGGCGUCUUUGACGUCCUGACCUUUGACAGCAGUCAGAGCAACCACCUGGCCCUGAUGCCGCAAUACCAGCAAGCCGACCUGGUGUCGCUGGGCAAAGUCGUGCUGGCGCUGGCCUGCAACUCGCUGGCCGGCAUUCAGAGGGAGAACCUGCAGAAGGCCAUGGAGCUGGUGUCCAUCAACUACUCGUCAGACCUCAAGAACCUCAUACUAUACCUGCUGACUGAACAGUCUCGUCUCCGGAGCGUCAACGACAUCAUGCCGAUGAUCGGAGCUCGAUUUUACACGCAGCUGGACGCUUCGCAGAUGAGGAACGACGUGAUCGAGGAGGACCUGGCCAAGGAAGUGCAAAAUGGCCGCCUCUUCCGCCUGCUAGCCAAGCUGGGCACCAUCAACGAGAGGCCCGAGUUUCAGAAGGACCCCACGUGGUCGGAAACGGGCGACCGCUACCUGCUCAAGCUUUUCCGGGACCACCUGUUUCACCAGGUGACGGAAGCCGGGACGCCGUGGAUCGACCUCAGCCACAUCGUCUCCUGUCUCAACAAACUGGACGCUGGUGGGCCGGAGAAGAUCAGCCUGGUGUCGCGGGACGAGAAGAGCGUGCUGGUGGUGACCUACUCGGACCUGAAGCGCUGCUUCGACAGCACCUUUCAGGAGCUGCAGGCGGCCUCCGCUGGCUCACUCUAGCGUCGUCCCCUACUGGCCUGGUGGGUGGGCGGGCGGGCGGGCGCACCACUAUUGCACUACGGCGGGCCAUCCACCUUCCCAGCGAGCCGGUGGACGGCUGAGCUCGUGGAGACAUUUCAACAUCAGCAUUUUGGGCGGGAAGGCCUCAGUCGCAUACACUGUCCACCGAGAAGGCUUUUGUUUCCCUUCUAAAGUGUAUUUUUUUUUUUUUUUAGUCUUUCCUAAAAAAAAAAAAGAAAAAAACCUGCAAGCUGGAAAAACGGUAUAAGAAAUGGACGCUUGGGACGGCGAAUUUUUUUUUUUUUUUUUUACAUUUUGGGGGAACAAACCAAUGUUUGAGGUUCUUCUUGAACAUGUUUUUAUCGUUUCUUCCUACCGCUGUUUGUGUGGGAGGGGUUGGUGACUAAGGCAUUUUUUUUCCCCUCAGAGGAGCCUGCACUAAGAUUUUAAUUUUUCCCCGGGUUACUUUUUUAUGUGUGAAUGAAUUGCCCACAGGGUGUACAGAGAGUCUCACACAUUUAUCAUGGCGCUGUUCAUUUGUUUUUUGCGCCCCCCCCCCCUCUUGGCAGUUGCCUCUAUACGGAAUGUCACCCACUCUUCUUUUUUAGAAGCGCUUUUUUUGUGUGCGUGUGUGUGCGCGUGUUUUCGCCAAAGCGGGAGGGCAAAUUUUUU